UCGAAAACGUGAUCGAAUGAGACUGGCGCAAUCCCGACACCGCAGGAUGUGAAAUUCUAUGGCGACCGCAAGCGGAUGUAUCUGUCAUCCAAACCUUGGUUACCGACCUUAACCAUGCCUGCUCGCAGGGUAAACCGAACUUUUACCUUAGUUAACUUUCUAUUGUCUUGAGCGGUGUUUACCAGGGUAUCAGUUGGCGUUUGCGCACGAAAACUAUUUACCAAGGAGUGCACUACACGCUAACGCUUGAAGAUCAGGGUCCCAAAAUGAAUCUUUAUUCGAAAUACAUCCAGUCUGCUCCACCUUUUCUUUACGCCCUUUUGUGCUUCUCUGCUAUCCUAGUAUGGACGCUGUUCGCCAUCCUCGCGCUGCCGUUUUGGUUCUUGUUCAGAAUUCUGAAAUGGUUCCAAGGGAUUUGCAUCACUUACUGGGGACUGGGGAAGUUGUUGGCUUGUAAUGAUGUACCCUUUCUUCAUGAGACAGAGUAUAACCGAAAUUUUAUCAACGGUCUAUUUGUGCUAGAUGGGACAAUUGAUAUGAAAGAGCUCCGUCAACUGAUAAUGUCCCGUGUAGUAGAAAAUGUCGAGGAACCUAGCUACGUGCGCAUGCGUCAACGUAUUGUUCAACGUUACUGGCGUUACAUUUGGCAAGACGAGCCGGAAUUUGAUAUCAACAAGCACGUGAGGCAAUCAGAAGGCAGUGGCCCGCAUAACGAAGAGGAAUUACAGAAGGUACUGGGUGAGCAGUUUUCAUCACCGAUGCGUGAAGAUAUUUCUCCUUGGGAGAUCUUAGUGAUGCCUCUAGACCUCCCUGGCAAGGAUCAGACUGCAAUUUGUAUGAGAAUCCAUCAUGCAAUAGGAGACGGGUUUGCUAUGGUUGGUCUGUUCGCUAGGCUAAUGGACAAAAAGCCAGAGCUGCUGCGUGUCCAGAAACCUGUGGCCACCCCCUGUGACAAACAAAAACAGGUAUGGAAAGCAAUUUUAACCGGUCCGUUAGCUCUUCUAAGCGUAGCACUCUCCACCGCUGAUAAUCCGUUCCCUGCUACGAAGAUGUCUGGUGAGAAGUGUAUCAGCUGGACAAACACUAUCGACUUGGAGCACGUGAAGCAGAUCAAGAUACGAACAGGAACGACUGUCAAUGAUGUUCUUUCAACCUGUUUGGCGGGUUCGUUGCGUCGUUAUCUCAAAUCAGAAGGUGCAAAACACCCAGAUGACAUUCAGAUCGCCGUGACCGUCAACACGCGCUCUCCCAAAGUCCUGUCACGUGACAACAUACCGCUCGAAAAUCACUCAACUGGCAUGUUUUACAACCUUCCCGUGGGACUGGCUGAUCCGUUCAAGCGUUUGCUAGAAACGAAAAGGAGAAUGGACAACUUGAAGUCUUCGUCAGACUGGCGAGUCUUCGGGCUCAUCUACUCUCACAUCAUAGGAAGAUUGCCCGAUUUCAUUGGCCGUUUUUCGUCGUUUUCGCUGAAGCGUCACUGCUCAUUGAUUCUUAGCAAUGUGCCCGGCCCUCUGACGCCAUUUGAAAUUAAUGGGAAGGAAGUGAGAACCGCCAUAGCUUGGCCCCCAUUGGUCAGCGAUACUAGCAUGUCCAUUGCAGUAUUCAGUUAUGCAGGGCCACUGCGCAUGAGCGUGUUGUCCGAUAAAGCUGUUCUUUGUGAUCCCGGUAAACUAACAGAAAAAUUCAUCGAGGAAUUUGAAGAGAUGUACGAGUGCGUAAUGAAGUGCCCAGUUCUGGAAACACAAACCUCUGUUAGUAAGAAGCAUAUUUAACGAUUAGCACGUAUAACAUGGUGGGGGAUAGGCCUAGCCACAAGUUGCCGAUGAAUCCCAAAAAAGGUUGCCGAUAAAAGUGUCUAAAAGUUGCCAAAAAUU